AUGUAUGAUAAGUUGAAUAAACCAGGAACUGAAAUAACUAGUCUGCUUUUACCGGACUCGUUCUGGAAAUCCAUAUGGAAAAUAGAUAUGUCUCAAAGAGUGAAAGUGUUUCUUUGGAAAUGUAUACAAAACGUUAUUGCGACUAAUGUGAAUCUUUACGGAAAAGUAGAUAAUAUUAAUCCUAAUUGUACUAUGUGUGGUGAAAAUCUUGAAACAGCUGAGCAUCUUUUCUUUCACUGCUCAUAUGCUAGAGAAAUUUGGGAAAUGGCUCCAAAUCCUAUAUCUCUUCAACUAGAUCCAGCUACUCCCUUAUUAGACACAUACAAGGAUUGGAUUAAAAACCCAAGACAGGAGAUAUCUUUAGAAUUAAUUCUAACCAAAAUAUGGAUGAUCUGGAAAGAACGGUGUAACAGGGUCUUUGAAUCAAAAAUUAGAACAACAACACAACUAUCUCAGGAUAUCCUACUACACUUAUCCUUUUGGACUAGGAACCACUCCAAGCCCACUAAGCAAAACAAGAAAAUAACUGCUCAUAAACCCUCUUGGAUAGCUCCAGUUCAUAAUACGAAGAAAAUAAACAUUUAUGCAGCUUGGGACUCUUCUAUAACCCCCUCAAGUUUUGCUUUAAUCUUACGUAAUGAUAGAGGAUACUUUGAAAGAAGCAGAGCAGGACCAUCACGCUCAAUAGACCCACAAGAAGCAGAAGCAAUAAGAGUGUACCAGACAACAGUUUGGGCAAAGGAAAAGCACCUCAAAGAUUACAGCAUAGAAGGAGAUUGUGAAAGUUGUUUCAACUACUUACAAGGAAAGCACUCUGAGAUUUCAUGGAGAAGUAAAGCUCUUCUUAAUGAAGCUUCUAAAAUCAUUAAAGAGAGUCAUAGCGUUUUGAGUUUUCAUUUUAUAUCUAGACUAGGAAAUACAGUAGCAGACGCUCUUGUUAAUUUUGUUAAAAGUCUAUCUUUAGUUACGGAUUGGGACAUGAACCCUCUAACUUGUAUCUUAAAAAAACUGGCAGUACAUAAAUCUAAUAUAAGAAAAAUUACACAACUCUCUAUAUUAGAUGGCUCUACUUGGGAUGUAAUGGAGCCUCCUUUAAAGUGCUAG